GAUUUUUAAAGUAUCCCUGCAUGUAAGGGAGCUUGCAAUCUGGGUGAAGCAUGAUAUACAUGUGAAACAACUAAUGAGCACGGGAUCUGAUGGCAUGGAACAGAUAAGUUAAAAAUGGAAAUGGGAAAGAGACUUGUGAACUAAAGACUCUUUUCACACCUAAAAGUCUGACAUACAGUAAAUAUUUAUUGCAGGAAAGAUGUGUGUCCCUUUGUUCUUGUCCACUUGACUUUAUUAUCGUCUCUGGAUGAUGUUCAGGUCUCUAAUGGCAGAUCUCUGCCCUCUCCAGAGUUCUAGUCAUCUUUUUAACUCAUUCUUUUAUUCCAUAAAUAUUAGGUAUACACUCUCUCACUCUUAGAUACUGGUAGUACUUCUGCAAAAGCUUUUUCUCUACAUGUUCUGAUUGUCAUCUCAAACUCAGUGUGUACCAAACUUAGCUCCUUGUCUUCCACCUCAUACCCACACCUCUUCCUGCAUCCCUGUGGUGCAAGCGAGUACACCAAGAGCACAGCUCUAGAUCAUCAUCAAGUCUACAUUGUGCCAUUAUUUUUUGAACAAUCAAAAUACUUCCAUCUCUUGACAUUCCCAAGAUGUGAUUCCAGUGUACCAGUCUUACAUUAUCUCCCAAUACUCUCACGCAGUCUUUCUCGGUCAGUACAACCUCAUGAGUCCUCAUAUUGCUUUCAUGUUUUCCCAGUUUGCUUAAAUAUGUCCCCUUUAUACCUUCAUAUGCCUUUAUUGCCUAUCCUUCAAGAUUCAGUUUAUAUGGUAAUUCUGGAGCCUUCUGGUUGCUUCAAUUUGAGGAGUAAAGAGUUCUUUCUUUGAAUCCACAUGGCAUUUUUAUUUUACCUCUUAUUGACAGAAUUACUUGUUUACAUGUCUUUUCCUCACCCCUUGCUCAGUACCUGACACAUAGUGUGUACUCUGUUGAAUGAAGUAACUUGAUCUACUGUAGAGUGAAGUCAGGAUGUAUUGCAUAGAGGAAAAAAUUAGACUGCGGCAGGAGUAGAAUUUGGAGAGUGAAGGAAAGCAGAUGGAAAUGUGUGGGUAAUGGAAUUAUGUGCAUCAGGCACAAGUUGCUUAUUUUCAAAGAAUUGGGAUGCAAAUAAAAACUUUUAAGUGAAAACUUUCAAAAAUAAAUAAUGUUACAAUUUUCUCUGAUUAUUGGAAUGAUAUUUUAUAGGCUUAGAGUGCUUUUGAAGACCUAUUAUGGAAUGGCUGUGAAUGGGGGAAAAAGCCAUUUGGUUUAUUUUUGUUUUCUGCUUGUUGGGUUAUUGGGAAUCUGCUUUUCCAUUCAUUUUUUUUCCUGCCUCAAGGCUGUAGCAUUCCCCAAAGCAAACAAGAUCCCCUUUGAAAGAGAUCUUGAGUUAAUGGGAAGAACACUAUAUUGGAUGGUGGAAGAUGGGUUCAAGUACCAGCACACCUAGUCCUAUGGCUAGGAUCAACACUGCAUAUUUCACAGGAUUGUUUUGAAGACAAAUGAAGUAUUAUGAAGAUGUUUUGUGAACUGUGUAACAGUAUAGAAAUGUAAGGAAUGGUACAAAUCUAGAUGUUUGCACAUCUAGAAUAUAGGCGUUGGAGGGACCCUUAGAGAGCAUCUGGUCCAUGAGAAAGGCAGUGUGGUGUAGUGGAGUGAACAGUUUCUGAUAUUAGAUUGACUUAGGUUGGAAUUCUACCUUUUGCCUUGAGCAAGAUACUUGAGUCUCUGAUUUUGAUCUGACACGUGGGAAUCAUAGUAGCUACCGGGAUUGUGAGGAUUAAAUAAAAUACAUAGCAGGUGCUUAAUAAAUAUCCAGAUCCCUUUCCUUGAAGAGCAUUGUUAACUUCCCUUUCUCACACUGGGGGUCCCUACCUCCUCUGUUAGGCAUAAUUUCUUGCCUUGGAAUUCUAGAGGCUGAUCCCUUCUGGAACAGCAGAAAUGAGGAAGGGACACUUGUCCACUCUUGGUUUACAUUUGUCUAAUGGGUUGGCCCCUCUUGUCCAAGGUGUCCUAACAGUAGUAGGCACAGUUGCCCCAACAGACUUUAAGAAUCAGCCAUUACAGAAAGAGCCUGGAGGUGCUGCUGCAUGGUCUGACCAGAGUCCAUAUAAGAGUUAAGGCUCAAGAAAAACAGCUGUCCACGGCCCCCACAGUGUACUCUGUCUCUGAGCAUGUUCAUGGGCCUGCCAAGACUUCCUCAGCUGCUGGCUUGGUCCCCAAGUAAAGGUUAUUAGAGCAUGAAGUCUGGGGUCCGCUCCUUCAGACACAAACCACAGAUUAGGCAGGCUCAGCCAUCUUGCAAGAGGACAGGGCCUCUGUGCUACAGUUGGCUUUUACUCUAGUUGGCUACCUCUUAUUUCCAGCCAGUUACUCCUGGGUUGACACUUGCCAAACAAUCUCUGCUCAUUUGGAAGUCUGACCACUAAUUCACUGUCAUAAGACCUGUUCUUUCCAAAUCCUUCCUUCACAUUGUUAACCCUACUAACUACAUCACAUUGCUAAAUCUAGUAUUUCCAUGGACCGUAGGGCCCAGAAACCCUCUGACUUCCCACAGAUCUCCCCAAGCAGUGUGUUCUGGCAGAAAGAGCCAGAAAGAUAGGGUGGUGAGUCCCAGCUCUCCAUUUUUGUAUUUGGGCAAAUUACGUAAUCUUCCUAGUGUUUUCCAGUCAGUAAAAUGGUUUAAUAAGACUGACCUCAAGGCUUGUAGUACUCAUAAAAUGAGAUACGGCCCAGAGCCUGAUAGUAAGAGUUUAGCAAAUCUUGAACUGAUUCCCUACUCUUUCCCAGGAUGUGUUGGAACUCACCUUCUGUGCUUUUUACUUUAAAUCAUUUUUGGAACAGACUCUUCAGUCAAUAGGCAAACUAGCAGACAAUAAAUAAAACACACCUUCUUUUCUCUCUUCUAUCUUUCUUACUCAUCUUUAUUCUUUUUCCUUUUCUAGGUGCUUGUGUUCUUCCCUUUCUAUUCUUUUUUUCCUUUUUAUGUGUGAAUGUGGGUCCUUUUUGUUUCUUUUCUGCUUCUCCUACCAUACUUCAGCCAGGGUCAGGGAGAAAUUAAGGAAAUAUUUUCACUGUGACAGAGCAGAAGAUAUAAGAGGUUAAGAAAGAAAAGUAUUCUAGAAUAGAACCAAGUCUCUUACUUUAUGCCCUUAGCGUUGGAAAUUGCAUUAGUUAUGUAGAUCUAAACCACUUUGGUUUCGGUAAAAAUUGAGGGGGAAAACUACUUAACCUAUCCUUAGUAUGGCCAGACCACAUUUUUCUUCCUUCAUAUCUUAACUAAUCGGAUUUUUAAAUUUAUUUUUGUUUAAAUAUUAUUUUGUUGUUUAUUUUUGAGAGGGCGCAAGUGGGGGAGGGGCAGAGAGAGAGGGAGACAGAAUCUGAAGCAAGCUCCAGGCUCCGAGAUGUCAGCACAGAGCCCAACAAGGGACUCAAAUUCUUGAACUGUGAGAUCAUGACCUGAGCCGAAGUUGGAUGCUUAACCGACUGAGCCACCCAGGUGCCCCUUAACUAAUCUGUUUUUGCAGUGAUGGGCUCCAAGGCCAAAAAACAGAUCCUUGCCAUGCAAACUCUUUUAGGUUCCCAGGAGCAGAGGGAGAUGAGGCAGUGGGAAGAAAGACUACAGGAUGGUAGAAAAUGAGAUGAACUGUGGGAGGCUGGCAGAAUUGGAGCUCCCUGGGCUAGAAACCUUGACCUUGACAAAAUCACUCUUCUUUCUGUUUCCUUUUUAUGAAGUGUUCUCUCUCUCUCUUUUUUAAAUUCUUUUUAGUGUUUAUUUAUUUUUGAAAGAGACAGAGGCAGAGUGUGACCAGGGGAGGGACAGAGAGAGAGGGAGACACAGAAUCGGAAACAGGCUCCAGGCGCUGAGCUGUCAGCACAGAGCCCGACGCAGGGCUUGAACCCACAAACUGUGAGAUCAUGACCUGAGCCGAAGUCGGGCGCUUAACCAACUGAGCCACCCAGGUGCCCCUGAAAUGUUCUCUUUUUAUGAAAUGAAAAGAAUAAUUCUCACUUACCUCUCUCAUGAAGUGAUUAGGAGGAUCAAAUAUGAAAGUGCUUGUGAAAUGUGAAGCAGAUAAAUGCUACUUAAAUGUAUCAUUUAUAUUUAUUCAACUACAAAACACCUAUUUCUCUUUUUCUUUAAGUUUAUUCAUUUUUGAGAGAGAGAGAGAGAGAGAGAGAGAGAGAGAAACGGGAGGGACAGAGAGAAAGGGAAAGAGAGAAUCCCAAGCAGGCUCUGCACUCAAAGUGGGCUGGAACACAGGGCUGUGGACACAGGGCUGGAACUCACAAAGGCGAGACUAUGACCUGAGCCAAAAUCAAGAGUCAACUGACUGAGCUACCCAGGAACGCCCAAAGCACGUAUUUCUUGACAUCCACUGCUGUGCAUUGGAGAACUUAACUAAUAGGAAAGGGUCCUUAUCUUCUGAGGAACUCAAAAGUUAGAGGGUAUUUUUAGGAUAAUGAGUACAAUGGGUCUUCAGACUGUGGACCUGAAGACUUAGAAUUGGCCUAAAGAAGGUUAUAGUCAGGCUACAAUCUCAAGAUGACUUAACCCUGUAGGUGUGCCCCAAACUUGCUUUCUAUGUGUGUCACCAAAAUGAGGACUAAAGCAGUUCAAAUGCUCCAUGAGCAGGAGGAAGCUGUGGGAUGAUAGGGAGGGUCCCCACAAAGCCUGGAGCCUCGUCAGCAUCAGAAACCACAGAAAACCAGGCUGUGCAGCCAUGUUCUGGGGGCUCUGACCCCACGGAAGUCCAUGGGGAGCCCCAGACUGGCAGCCCUGCUCCUGCCUCUCCUGCUGCUCAUUGGCCUCUCUGCCUCCUCUGGGAUUGGCUGCCCCUAUCUUCUGCACUGGAGCACCCACUGUCUGCUGGCCUCGCACAUGGAAGACGCACUCACUGGAGGGUCUGCUCAUAUUCCUUGCCAUACCCAGUUGGCCCUUCCUGUGUCUCUAAAGUCCUGGUGUGCUCAGCUCUGGCUCCCCGCCUGCUAUUUGCACCUGCAUCUGAUGUCAAAUCCUUCAGACCUCCAGGGGGGCUGGAUCCACUUCCUGGUGCAGAAAUACAAAAAGUCAUACAAGUUCUGGUUCUGUAGGAGACACAAGAUGCCAGCAUCUGCUCAGGCCAACCCUGUUCUCUGCCUACAGAGGAAACUGCUGAAUAGCUGUUGCCUGUCUGAGAAGGGUCAUCACAUUGCUGUCCCCUUCCCAGACAUCUCUCACAAGGGAUCACGCUCUAAAAGGACCCAACCUUCAUAUGCAAAGGCAAUGGAAGGUCUCCCCAGACCCAGCUCACAAAGGCAUGGAGGGCCAGAGUUCUCCUUUGAAUUGUUGCCUGAGGCACGGGCUAUUCGAGUGACCAUUCCCCCGGGACCCGAGGUCAGCGUGCGUCUUUGUCACCAGUGGGCACUAGAAUGCGAGGAGCUGAGCAGUCUCUUCGAGGCCCAGAAAAUUGUGUCUGGGGGCCAUGCUGUAGACCUGCCUUAUGAAUUCUUUCUGCCGUGUCUGUGCAUAGAGGCAUCCUACCUGCAAGAGGACACUGUGAGGUGCAAAAAAUGCCCCUUCCAGAACUGGCCUGAAGCCUAUGGCUUGGACUUCUGGAAGUCAGUGCACUUUACUGACUACAGCCAGCACAGUCAGAUGGUCAUGGCUCUAACACUCCGCUGCCCACUGAAGCUGGAGGCCUCCCUCUGCCAGAGGCAGGGCUGGCACACCCUCUGUGAAGACCUCCCCAAUGCCACGGCUCGAGAGUCACAGGGGUGGUAUGUUUUGGAGGGAGUAGACUUGCACCCCCAGCUCUGCUUCAAGUUCUCUUUUGGAAAUAGCAGCCACGUUGAAUGCCCCCGUGGGACUGCCCCAUCCUGGAAUGUGAGCAUGGAUACCCAGGCCCAGCAGCUGGUCCUUCACUUCUCCUCGAAGAUGCACGCCACCUUCAGUGCUGCCUGGAGCCAUCCAGGCUUGGGGCAGGACAGCUUGGUGCCCCCUGUGUAUAGCAUUAGCCAGACUCAGGGGUCAAGCCCAGUGACGCUAGACCUUAUCAUUCCCUUCCUGAAGCCAGGGAGCUGUGUCCUGGUGUGGAGGUCAGAUGUUCAGUUUUCCUGGAAGCACCUUUUGUGUCCGGAUGUCUCUCAUAGACACCUGGGGCUCUUGAUCCUGGCACUGCUGGCACUCACCACCCUCUCGGGCAUUGUUCUGGUCCUCACUUGCCGGCGCCCACUGUCAGGCCCGAGCCACGCGCGGCCGGUGUUGCUGCUGCACGCGGCGGAGUCAGAGGCGCAGCUGCGCCUGGUGGGAGCACUGGCUGAACUGCUUCGGGCAGCGCUGGGCGGCGGGUGCGACGUGAUCGUGGACCUGUGGGAGGCUACGCGCGUAGCGCGCGUGGGCCCGCUGCCAUGGCUGUGGGCGGCGCGGGCGCGCGUGGCGCAGGAGCAGGGCACCGUGCUGCUGCUGUGGAGCAGUGCUGACCCCAGUCUGGCCGGUGGUCCCGAUUCCGGCGCAGCGCCCCUGCGCGCCCUGCUCCGCGCGGCCCCGCGCCCGCUGCUGCUGCUCGCUUACUUCAGUCGCCUCUGCGCCAAGGGCGACAUUCCCCCGCCACUGCGCGCCCUGCCACGCUACCGCCUGCUGCGCGACCUGCCGCGGCUGCUGCAGGCGUUAGAUGCGCUACCUUCCACCGAAGCCGCCAGCUGGGGCCGCCUCGGGGCUCGUCCGUGCCUGCAGGGUCGCCUGGAGCUGUGCCGACGGCUGGAACGGGAGGCCGCCAAAUUUUGCCAACUGAGGCUGAGCAGAGACAGGCGUAGGGGUACUGGCUGGAACCCCUGAAUGAGCCUUCUACCCUGAAUCCUUGGGGUGCCACCUCGGGACUACUGGCCAAAAAUCCUUACGCUGUCUGCCAACCUGGGAGCAGAGCACCUCCCUCACUGCCCCAGCCCCUUACCCACGUGUGCCUGGCUUCUUCCUUAGGAUUACCCUUUCAGAACCAGCAGGGAGAGUUGGUCUUUACUGAGGGCUCCACCGACCCCAGUCCUGUGGGGGUGGGGGAAUCUUCCCACUUCUCUUCAAAAUUCCGGAAAGAGUAUUUUGCACAUGAACCAGUCCAGGCUGGAGAGGUUGUGGGACAGGGGUAGAGGAGGCAGGAGCUAUGGCAGUUCUGAGCGAGGGGUGACUUCAGGGGGUGGGAGAAAACCCCUUUCUGAGCCAGGAUACUGCUUUCCCAGACUGGAGUCCAGCCCAGAGGAGGAUGGAGGGAGAGAGAGAGCCUGAUCAGGGAAAGAGGUUUCAGCCUUGAGUGGCCAGGACACAGGUGUGACUAAGAUCAAGAAAAAUAAAUAAAGGUGAAUAUAAUGGAUAAGCUAAGAGACACAAUGUGCUUCUCUACUGUGCUCAGGAUGCUGAGUUGGAGGGAGGGUCAGCACAGCCCUGCCUGGGGGUUGUUAUGCAUCAGUUUGUGGGCCCAAACCCUGCGUGUCCACACCUACAACCACAUAUUUCACAUUCUCACAAGCAAUGCCUCUGAAAAGGCAAAGGAGGACCUGGAAAUUCUCACUGUGAACAGGUUCAGGAAGGUGCAUUUGUCAUGUAGCCAGCGCAUGACAACAGCACAAAUGGGGCCCCCUGUCUGCCUGGCUCUGAGUUCCUUUCCUCCAUACCACACUUGAGCAGAGGCCAGGAAGUGGUGAAAAGCCCACUUUCUGGUGCUCUUCGUCCCUGCCUUUAGAGCUCCUGUCCCACAAAGGGUCACUAAGUCCCAGGGAGUAUGUGAGAAGGGACCUGGAGUGCCCAGUAUGAGGAGAUUCAAUAGGCACCAAAAUCCCAGAUUCACGUGGCAAGUGGAAAUGCCCUAAGAUUGCCCAGGCCCUCUUCCUUAGGGACUCCCAGGGUGAGUAAGAGCUCCCUUACUCAGCUGUGACUCUUCAGGGGCCCCUCCCAGCUAGGUGUCAGAGGAGGAGGAGGAGGGGGAGGAGGAGGAGGAGGAGAG